AUGAGCACAACGCGACAUAUGCAGCACGUUAGCGCAUCUGAUGCCAGGAGUUUUGUCCUCAAUGUUCUGAUUAGAAACGGAGUACCGCAAACUAAUGCAGUCAUCGUUGCCAGAUGCCUGGUCGAAGCCGACCUCCGAGGCGUGGAUACGCACGGUAUGAACAGGAUCCCUAGCUACAUAGCACGUAUAAGAGCAGGUGUAUUGGACCCACGAGCAUCCCCAACGCUGCAACAAGUUACGCCUGUUGUGGCGCAGGUGGAUGGCAAGAAUGCAUUCGGUUUCUUGGCAGGGCAUAUGGGCAUGACUGCUGCGAUAAAGAUGGCAAAAGAGUUUGGCAUUGGCAUGGUCUCCUGCAAACAUUCGAACCACUUUGGCAUGUCUGCUUGGCUCGUUCAACAAGCCAUCGAUGAGGACAUGAUGAGCUUGGUAUUUACUAAUUCCUCCCCUGCUUUGCCCGUGUGGGGAGGCAAGUCCAAGCUCAUGGGUGUGUCGCCCAUUGCAUGCGGGGCCCCGGCCGGAAAGAACGGCCGACCUUUUGUCCUCGACUUCGCGCCUUCAGUCGCCGCGCGCGGCAAGGUGUACAAAGCUUUGCGAAGAGGAGAGAAGAUUCCCCAGGGCUGGGCAUUGGACGCCGAGGGCAAACAUACAGACGAUCCAGCCAAGGCGCUCGAAGGCCUUAUGCUCCCAAUGGGUGGGCCGAAAGGCUCAGCACUAGCCAUUUUUAUGGAUGUCUUCUCGGGUGUGCUAUCAGGUAGCGCAUUCGCAGGUCAUGUAACGAAUCCUUACGACCCUACCAAGGCCGCGGACGUGGGUCACUUUCUCCUCGCUAUCAAGCCAGAUCUUUUCCUGAGCAUCCAAGAGUUCAAGCAGAGGAUGGACUACCUGUACUCUCGAGUGGUUGCUUCCGACAAGAUGGAUGGUGUUGAUCGAAUUUACUUCCCAGGAGAGAUCGAGGACCUCCAGAAAGAAAAAAGACUCAAGGAAGGCAUACCGUUAGUGGAGGCUGAAGUCCAGGCGCUCAACAAGGAAGCAGAACGUGUUGGAGCCGCAACCCUCGUGACCUUAACGCCUCCGGCAAUGGCUCGCCUGUGA